AUGGAUGAUACAAAACACAAACCAACAGCAAACAGUCCUCAUAGUGUUCAUGUCUUGAAAGAGGACUACCGGAAAACCUAUGUAUUGGAAGUUAUCGACAAAUUCCUUGACGAGUAUGUUUUUGUUGGUGGAGAUGAGGUGUCAGACGGUGUUUGGUGCUAUGGAGUCAACCUCAUGAAGUGUUUCAUGUUGCUGGCUGACUUUAAGGAUGCUGUUUCCACUGGCAAUGGUGAGCACUUACUGAUCCUCAGGAAACAGCUGCUAGACCAUUUCUUUUCAACACCCGGGUUCAAUGAGUUUGCCAUUGAAAUGUUUAUAAACAUUUCACUUUCUAACACUUUCUAA